AUUUUUUAGUCCGACUUACGGUGUGGUGUGGCAAAUUUUCUGAUAAUUUUCCUCCUUUCCCGUUUGGUUUUUCUCUCAACCUUAGCCGAAGCGAGAACCGGAUCUUGAAAGUGGCAUUCCGUGAUAAGAAUUGACCCGACAGGCUGCUGCCACACAAAGUGUUGAUCAUCAUCCAAGGGGGAACCAUAGGACGCGAUGGCCGGAUUGCUAUCCAUCUCGUCGCGUAAUCUUCCGCGCACCGCAUUGCGAAUCAGCGGUGGCCUUCGAUCUUCGCUAGAGGCCACCAAUCGGCAGCAGGUUGCCAAUGCCGUCGGUUCUCGCACCUACCACCAGGGUCGCACGGCUCUGCAAAAACUAGUGCGUUUCGCCGAGGGCUCCACAGCUGCACAGAAUUCCUCAAGAUGGAUGGUUCUGGAGCGAAAUAUCUUCACCUCGUCGCGGCUGCUGACGUCGGAGAUCGUAAAAGUGCCUCCGUUUGCCGACUCCGUCUCUGAAGGCGACGUCAAGUUCGAAAAGAAGGUCGGCGAUGCCGUAGCAGCCGACGAGGUCGUUAUGGAGAUCGAAACCGAUAAGACCACUGUAGGCGUUCCAUCUCCAGGGCACGGUAUCAUUGAAGAGCUCUACGUAGCCGAUGGCGAUACGGUGAAGGCGGGACAGCAGCUUUUCAAGCUGAAAAUCACCGGAGAAGCUCCGAAAGCUGCAGCGAAACCGGCCGAAGCCCCUGCAGCUGCAGCUGCGCCUCCGCCACCCCCGCCGCCACCACCAAAGCCAGCCGCUGCUGCAGCUCCACCACCACCGCCUCCGCAAGCAGCCACUGGAGCUCCCCCACCGCCGCUACCAAAACCGGCUGCUCCAGCUGCCAAAAUGCCGGUGGCAGCCAUCCGACAUGCCCAAGCUAUCGAAGCUGCCAUGGUGAAAGUUCCGCCAGCAGAUUAUAGCAAAGAAAUCACCGGCACGCGUACUGAGCAACGCGUCAAAAUGACUCGAAUGCGUCUGAAGAUCGCAUCCCGCUUGAAGGAGGCCCAGAACACCAACGCUAUGCUGACUACUUUCAACGAAAUUGAUAUGAGUCACAUCAUGGAGCUCCGUAAACAAAACUUGGACGCAUUCGUAAAGAAGUACGGUAUGAAGCUGGGCUUUAUGUCAGCAUUCACCAAGGCUGCAGCCUACGCCCUGCAAGAUCAACCCGUGGUCAAUGCCGUCAUCGAAGAGAAUGAAAUUGUUUACCGUGAUUACGUUGAUAUUUCGGUCGCCGUAGCUUCCCCCAAGGGACUGGUCGUUCCAGUGAUAAGAAAUGUUGAAGGUAUGAACUUUGCCGAUAUUGAAAUUGCCAUUGCCGGGUUGGCCGACAAAGCGAAGAAGGGAACACUUGCGGUAGAGGACAUGGACGGUGGCACCUUUACCAUUUCGAACGGUGGAGUUUUUGGUUCACUACUCGGAACUCCCAUCAUCAAUCCACCGCAGAGUGCUAUUCUCGGGAUGCAUGGAAUCUUUGAACGACCGAUCGCCAUCAAGGGUCAAGUUGUCGUUCGACCAAUGAUGUACGUUGCCCUGACCUACGACCAUAGGCUGAUUGAUGGUCGUGAGGCUGUUACUUUCUUGCGUAAAGUCAAAGGCGCCGUGGAGGAUCCCCGUAUUAUGCUGGCCGGUCUCUAAAGAUUGGCUUAACCAUCUAAACAAAAUACUGCACACUAGAAACCAAUUGAAUCAUUCGCCAUUAGUCGAAGAUAAGGUUCGAUACAACAUCACUUGACCGAAACAUGGCGAUACUAAGCGCCCUGACGAUUAUCUUUCAAGAACUUGUGCUUAUAUGCUGUUAUCGAGAUCCAUUUUCGGUGAUAAACUACGAGAAUCUUAUACAGUAAAGCGAUAUUGUUAAACCUA